CUGACCCCGGGGGGGGAGCCCGGCCAUGGCCUUCCUGGGGGGGCCCCGGCUCCUGGACUGGGCCAGCUCCCCCCCACACCUGCAAUUCAACCGCUUCGUGCUGACGGGCUACCGGCCGGUCAGCUCCGGGUCCGGCUGCCUCCGCAGCCUCUUCUACCUGCACAACGAGCUGGGCAACAUUUACACCCACGGUAUCCCUCUGCUGGGGUUUCUCUUCGUGAUGCCCUUGACCAUUCCAUGGGCCCGCAUCUCAGUAGCAUGGCUAGGAAUAGCACACUACCUGGCUUGUAUCUUCCCACAGCUGGGCAGUGUGCUUUACCACCUCUUCAUGAACCACGAGGGAGGCCCGGCCGUUUACCACACCUUGCUCACCCUUGACAUGUGUGGGGUAUGCAUGGUCAACACCUUGGGUGCUUUGCCCAUCAUAUAUUGCACGCUGGCCUGCAACCCUUUUCCCCGUGCCGUCGCCCUGCUGGCCUACACAGCCCUUUCCACCUAUGCCAUCAUUUGCGCAGUGACUGCCCGCUCCAGUGUGCGGCGUCUGCAGUCCUUCGCCUGGCAGGCCCUCUUCCGCUUCUUCUUCUUCUACCUACGCUGGGUGGGACUGGGCACCGGCCACCCUUCCUCUCUGCGUUUGUACCUUGUAAUGGAUGGCUUAGCCCUCCUCGGGGGCGUCAUCAACAUCUCCAGAGUACCCGAGCGCUGGAAGCCGGGCCGCUUUGACUACUGGUUCAACAGCCAUCAGAUUAUGCACGUUCUGGUGGUGGUCAGCAUCCUCUAUCUCCACUGGGGUGUAGUAGCUGAUCUACAGUGGAUUGCCAACUAUGCCUGCCCGACGGAAUGACCGCAACGUGGCCACCCCUUUCCACAGAAGAACUCCACUGAUCGAGAUGGGAGGACUUCUGAGGUGUGGGCCGUUAAGUCCAUUGUUCAAAGUCUUCUACAAGGGCUGAUGGACAUGGAAGAACACAUGUAGUGUCUUCUGGAUAGAACCUGCUUGGGUUUUGUUCCUAGGGGCUGUAUUUUUCCAUUGGUUGAAUACUUGCGGAUCAACACCUGUGGGAUUUGGAUGCUUCCAGUUAUACAACAAUGGAUUUCCAUUGGUUGAGGUGCUUCUAGAACAGCUUGUGAUGUUCAGCUGUUCUUCCAAAUUACCACCAAGGUGAGAUGGGGAAAGUGGACAAUGGUUCUUUGAUGGUUGAUGUUCAAUCUUCUAUGCUGUAGGAAA